GCCCAAGCACCAGGAGCAUCAGGCGUGCCUCCGGGCCACUGGAUGCCCCAGGUCCCGCCACCUGCUGUUUCUGCUAGACCAGGGGCGAUACCGCCUCGGCCAGUGUCUGGCCCAACGGCAAGAGCCACUCCCAGCUCAUCUGCUCCGACGCCAAGCCCCAUGCCGGUCACGCCGCCCUUGCGGCCGAAGCAGAAGGCGCGUCCGACGCCCAGGGCGGCGCUGGCGCGACCCUCGGUGCCCAAGCCGACGAAGAGGCCGCAGCCGAGCCAAAAGCCAGCAGAGCCGACGAAGCCACCGGACGCGUCGAAGCUGAAGCCGGCGGAGCCUUCCAAGCCACCGACAGCACGUGUUCCGACUCCCGUGGGGAAGCCCGCCACGAAUGGUGUGAAGCGUCCCAGGGAGGAAGGCUUCGCGGACGAGCUGGCCGAGUGGCUGCUGAACCUGGAUCGUGGCAAAGGUGUCAUGCUGGAAUACCACGAG